AUGAUGAUGGCAACCAUACCAACAGCAACAACUUACCAGGUUCUGCAUGCGGUUGCCACAGAAAAAGUCAACGAAAAAACGGAGGCAACUGAUGAAGUCCUGAGAAAGUUGAUGACUAUGUCUUUACUUCCGCACAAUAAAAUAGAAGCGGAAUUUGAGCAAUUAAAAGAAGAUUGUACGGACGAUUUGAAGAAUAAAUUGGAAGGAUUGUUCACUUAUUAUCAAUCCAAAUGGAUAACCGAUUUCACCCCCGCCAAAUUUAGCCUAUUUGGAGACAUUGGUUCUAUCAAUGAUUGUAGUGAGAUUCAUCAAAGAGUUUUGUUAAACAAAUUGCAGAGUGAUAAUCCAGGAUUCUGGAAAUUUAUAGGAUUUGUCAGUAUUAAUUUCUCAAAAAUAACUAAGGAUUAUGAAAAAAUUAUUAACGACGAUAAUAAGAGACCAACUUAUGUCUCUCAAAUAAACAAGUCGUUUGAUAGCAUUGGAAACAAGGACCUCCCAUCAAAAGUGCAAGAACUAUGGCAACAAUUAACUGAAAAUAUCAUCAACCCUAGCGAAUUUUUAGAACGAGGGUUUAAUGUGAUGGCCGGAUAUUACAAUGAUUUGUUUUUUAACAAUUACAUUUUACCAGAAGAAUUAACUAUUGUUAGCCACGACUUAUAUGAGCUGCGUAAGAAUAAUUAUCAUUAUUUUAAACAUUAUUGUGUAUUAAAAUUUUUGUAUAAUUGCUUAUCUUUUUUUUUUUUAGCAAAUGAAUACGUUCCCAACAUUCGCAAUCAGAUUGAUGAUGGCGAUGUCAUCGAAGAGCGGCCUUUCGCAAGGCGUAGCCGUUCAGCUCUAGAUGAAAUCGAGCGGAUAGUAAAUGAACUGCAGCCAACAGAUGAUGAUAAUGAAGUUGUUGAUGGUAAUUAUUUAUAUGAUUCACAAUGCAGCCGCUGCAAAGUAAAAUUGGUGACGACAAUAAAUUUCCCAUGUAAACACGUUGAGAUGUGUUCUGGUUGCGCGUCUGGACGAAGUCAUAAAUUAUGUUCAGUGUGUCAGAAGACAAUUGCGAGGACCGAACGCAUCUUUUUACCAACUGACACUGAAGGUGAGGGCUACUGCUUAAACUGCGAAAUCUGCGCAGAGCAACCAGUAAGCAUUAUGUGGAAUGCAUGCAACCAGGGCUUAACGUGCAAAAGGUGUGCCGUUCGGGUUGUCACAGCGGGAAAUCAGUCUAGAAUUACGGAGAGAACAAAAUUACAAUGCCCUCAUUGUAACAUUGAAACAGAUGGGAUGAUAGAGUUUAAGUUGAGAAGAAAAAAUAAUAAUUAA